CCCGCGUCGAUCCAGGCCAUUUGCAAAAGUCAACAUUUAACUGUUAAAAGAAACUAUGUGUGCCCCUCCUCCCCACGAUGUGGUCACACCCUAUGGGAAGUUCGAGAGCACACCGUUACUGAAAAGGAGCGCAUUCAGCAGCGGAUUGCAACGCGAACGUAAAUUACUACUCUCAUUUAAUCGUUCAGUUUAGAAAUCCAGGAUGUCUCACGUAGUUACAACCACAACUACCACCACAUCAUCGUCGUCGGGUGGAGGUUUCGCAAAUCUGGGCUACACGCGUUCUGUACCAGGGCUACUGAAAAUCGCACAAGUGGUCACACUCCUAAUCGCCUUCUUGUGUGUACACUGCUCUAAGUACUGGACUGACUACUCAGCCUUGCGUUACUUCGAGGUGGUCACUCUCUGGUUCCUCAUAGCCUUCCUCAUCUUCUUCAUCAUGCACAUGCUGAGGCUUCAGAGCAAAAUCCCUUGCAUUAAUUGGACCCUGACGGAGUUCCUGCACUAUGUGAUUGGAACCAUCCUUAUCUUCAUUGCCUCCAUAGUCGUGGCCGUGAAGAACGGGGGGGUCUCCGCCCUAAUUGCUGGAUCAGUGUUUGGCUUCAUCGCUACUGUUCUGCUGGCCAUUAGCAUGUGGACCUCCUACAAAGUCACUUGUGGAUCCCAACCUACCAGUGCAGCAGUGUAAAAAAGGACGUGCCUCCAAGAAAUGAGAUGGCUCCAUUUUUUGGUUGUUACAAGAAAGCACUUCUACUGUUUUAAGAGCCUGAAAGUGUUCGCAUGCCAAGCUUAGCCAAAAACUAUUUUUUAUCAGCAUUUAUCGUGGCUAUUUUGAUCAGUGUUUCAAGCCAUGCCUUUACAAACGGAAAAGGAAAGGUUUUCAUUAGUAUUUAGUACCAGAGAUAUGCAAUUAGCAGUUGACUAUAUUUAUUUGGCCCUUUGUUUCCUUGAAGAGUUCCUACUGUAGUGACUUGGCUGGUAUAUGGACUUUCAACAGAAUUACUGAUCCCAUGUUAUGGUAAUGUGCCCUACUACGUGUCUGUUUAUAUAAUAAGUAAACUAAUACUAGACAAAAAAUGAAUUAAUCUCUACGUCUAAAUAAUAUGAAUUGAUCUCUAAAGUAAAUUUGUUUUCUAUAUGGUAAGUACUAUGUACUGCAUAUGUACUAAAUGAGCAAAGAAGUUAAACAACUACACAAGUGUUAGUUGCACAGGCACAGUAUUCAUAAUGUGAGACCAGGUUCUUGACUGAAUAAGAGUGAUUGUUUUAGAAAUAGUCUCAGUGGUUCAUUGGCCCUUGCAGUGGGCCAACUGUAGCCAUAUUUUUUUAUACAGAUUGAAUUGACUGUUAUGAUUAUAUAUGCUUUGGUUGUUAUUGUUAUAUAUGCUUUGUGUUGGUCCAGACUUGGACAUGCAGCUAUUUGCCUUUUAAAUGAAGUCACCAAUUUCAUA